AUGCCAUGCUUCAAAGGUUUGGCCGUGAGUAUACACACUCCCGACGGCCCAAUCCCCGAGUAUUCCAUCCAGCGCCAAUCCCGCGCCUCUCGCAUCGCCUGUUACAUUCCCGUCCCCCCGCCCAAGCUCCCCGAUGCCGCCGGCGGCAAGCGUGAGCAGUCCACCUUCGCCAUCUCUAUCACCCUCUUGAAUCCCGGCCAGGAUGUCCCGUAUUCCGCCCCCAAACCGACCCCGGACAACCCCACUCCCAAACCCAAGGUCGUCGGCGGCCUCCCCGGCCCCACCGCCGAGCGCGGUCUGUACACCAGCUCCGUCGUCCCCUACCAGGCCCUGACCAACUCCCCCAACGAGACCGUCGCCGCCUACAUCUACUUUGAUGGCCGUCAGAAGGAGGAGGUGGCUACCUUGCUGCGCCGCGGGGAGGAGACCUGGGUCAACUCCCGAUGGGUCAGCGUGCCCGACUCCGAGGGCGGCGGCCUCGCCGAGCGCGAGUUCCUCUUCCGCGAGGUCGGCCUCGAGCGCUGGCUCAACGGGCUCGACCUCGAGGGCAAGGACGCCGCUGCCACGAUCGAGCGCCGUCGCCAGAAGAUGGAGAAGCGCCGGCGGAAGCGCGAGGCAGCGGAGCACGGCGCCCGCGCGCCCGGGUCUCCCUCCGCCCCGGACGUCCUGCGCUACGGCAACGACGCCCGGUCGCCCCUCGAGGGGGUCUCGGAUGAGGAGGACCUAUCUCUCUCCGACUCGGACGACGACCCGAUUCCGGAGUCGGCCGGGCAGAUCAAGGUCGCGCUCUUCCGGGUGCUGGCCUCCGGGGAGAUCAAGCGCGGGGAGUACUCGCCGCAGUUCGACGCCCACGAUGACGACGACGAGGGGGCGGGCGGCCAAUCUGGCGGGGGGGAUGCCGACAUCGAUCACACCACCAGUUUCGCUCAGCCCAAGUCGCUCGACCCCAAGUCCAUCAGCACGCAAACGGUCACGGGGAUCGACGCGUCGGAUAAGCCGUAUGCCAUCUUUACCUUUAUGUACCGGGGCGGACGCCAAUUGCAAAAGAUGGGCAUCCUGAAAGAUGGCCGCCCGCAGGAGACUCCGGCGUCGGCCAAACGCCGCUCGUUGCAGCCUGACUUCAGCAGCCUGGGCCCGUUGAAACCCGGCGGCACGGUCGGCUUCCUCAACUUCCGCGACAACGCUGAGGCCGCGACGGGGCGUAAGAACCGGAAGGGCAGCAUGGCGGACGACAUGGACAGCGACGAUGAUGAGGAUGAGUCGAUCUUGGGCAAGGCGGACGACGAAGAGGCCAAGGAGGACGAUUGGCAUUUGUCCCCGGAUGAUCUCCGUCGACAGGGCGAAUUGGCCGAGGGGUUGCGACAGAUCAAGUUGAAACGCCAGCAUUCGUCAGCCUCCUUAGGCGUGAACAGCCCCAAGACCGACGCAGCCAGCCCCCAAGCAUCCGCGGACCCUCCUCCGGCGACAGAUUCGUCGACGACGACACCGCCUCCGCUCGCAACGGGCCUCCCAUCAGUGCCCGAGGUGCCCAAGCCGACCGCGACCACGCUGGACGGGGCCUUUGUCGGCAGUCCGCUGAAGAAACAGCGGGCCAGUGUCUCCCAGGCGGACGAGAACGCGCUGCGGCGGCGGAUCGAGGGCGGAUUAUCGCAGCCGGCCAGUGGGAUGCCGGCGGGGACGACGGCCGGCGAACAGAUCGGGGGGCCGACCCCGGCGACGCAUCCUUCAGCUCUCGGGCAUCCUCCGGCCCUCGCGCAGCCUCCCACCCUCGCGCCGCCUCCGACCCUCGCUCCCGCACCGGCAGCCGAAGACGAGGAGGAGCUAUGAUGUUAGCCUGUUAAUGUGUCUCUUAUUAUCUCCAUUUUUUUUUUCUUUCUUUUUCUCUUUUUUCUGUUGAUUGUGCGAAUUGGCCUUGGUUGUUUCUUUCGUCGGGUUUUCUCGCAGGGUCACAUCAGACAUGCAGGACGGCGUCUCGGAGCGCGUCCCGGGAUUAGAACUACAAAGGCAAUCCUGGGAUGGAGGAAUUGGGGUUGGGCGGGAUGAUCUAUAGAGCAAUGAAUGACGCAAGUGCAGAUAUAUCU